ACAACACUGAAUGAGAAAAAGAAGGACUUGUAGUUCUUGCUCUACUCGUAAAGAAAAGAUUCAGAACAGAGGACAAGCCAUUCAACUAGGUUGACCCCGAUGCUGUCAACUGUUAUCCGCAGUGCUCGUCACAUUUCGACCACCUCUACCUUUACGAGGACUUUAGCCCACUUCAAACCCCACAUGGACGUAAACCCCAACCGUCCUGUCGAAAGGACAAUACGAACCAAGCUCACCCAGGCUCUUGAGCCUGCACACUUAGAAGUUCACAAUGAAAGCCACAUGCACGCCGUGCCCUCUGGCUCCGAGUCCCAUUUCAGAGUCCUUGUGGUCAGUCCACGCUUUGAUGGCCUCUCCUUAAUACAGCGCCACCGCUUGGUCAACGAAGCUCUAAGUGAGGAACUCCGAACCUGUGUCCAUGCUCUGGCUAUCCAAGCUAAGACCCCUCAGCAGUGGGGCAGCAACCCCAGUCUGGCCAAGAGCCCUCCCUGCAUGGGAGGCUCAAGGGGGGAUCACACAGUCGAGGAGAAACUCAAGACUGGGCAGGAGUGAGCUCAAUGGGCCCUGGCAGGGCACUCCAAACUGGACUGAAUGAAUUUAAAAGUGAAGUGUCCAUUUUACAUUUAAUAAAUGGCUAAUGUGAUCAGUUAAUACCCCGUUGUUAAAUGAAUAUUUUUUCCUGAGUGAAAUCAUAGUCUGACUAACCACAACCACACGUCUGCAAAGUGGUCAUAAUAAUCUUUGAAAAGGGGAUGUUUUCAAAGAUGGUUAGCAAUUAAAGUACAGUUGUUUUUGAGCUAACAUAAGUUCUCCUUUGUCUAAUUAUAAAUAUUGCAUAUUUUAAAAGUGUAACUGAACUCCAAAAUUGUUAAUUUUUCAUUUUACCAGAAAGCAUCUUUUGAGAAUAUAGUACAGGUGCAUCUCAAUAAAUAUGAAUAUCAUCAAAAAGUUGAUUUUAUUUCAGUAAUUUGAUUAAAAAAGGGAAACUCCUAUAUUAUAUAUAUUCAUUACACACAGACUGAUAUAUUUCAAGUGCUUAUUUCUUUUAAUUUCGAUGAUUAAAACUGACAGUUAAUGAAAACCCAUAAUUCAGUAUCUCAGAAAAUUAGAAUUUUACUCAAGACCAGUUAAAAAAAAUCUAGCACAGGGAUACCAUGGCCCUUAAACCAGGUACUGGUACCUUUGGCAGUGUGUGCAGGUGCCAAGUCCUGCUGGAAAAUGACAUCUGCAUCUCCAUUAAGCUAGUCAGCAGAGGGAAGCAUGAAGUGCUCUAAAACUUUCUGGUAGACGGCUGUGCUGACCUUGGACCUGAGAAAACACAGUACCAGUACCUGGUUUAAGGACCAUGGUAUCCCUGUGCUUGAUUGGCCAGCAAACUCGCAUGACCUAAACCCCAUAGAGAAUCUAUGGGGUAUUGUGAAGAGGAAGAUGCGAGACACCAGACCCAACAACGCAGAAGAGCUGAAGGCCGCUAUCAGAGCAACCUGGGCUUUCACAACACCUCAGCAGUGCCACAGACUGAUCGCCUCCAUGCCACGCCGCAUUGCUGCAGUCAUACGUGCCAAAGGAGCCCCGACCAAGUAUUGAGUGUUGUACAGGUUCAUACUUUUCAGUAGUCCAACAUUUCUGUGUUAAAAAUCUCUUUUUUAUUGGUCUUAAGUAUUUAUUUAUUUUUCUGAGG